AUGGCCGCAAUUAUUCUCUACGCACUAUGGUCACAAUGGCUCAUUCCCGCAGUGACAACAGUAAUACACGACACGAGCUUCGUCCCAGAUUACAUUCUGCGAGUCACAACCGGCAACAUUUCAGUAGCCUGCGAGACGAGAUUCUCGGCGAUCGUGAAUGGGAUGUUUCCCGGACCAGAGCUCCGGAUCAAGCCAGGCAAAGCAACGUGGAUCAGAGUCCACAAUGGCAUGACAGAUAGCAAUUUAACCAUGCACUGGCAUGGUCUAUCCCAGCGUAUGGCGGAGUUUUCAGACGGCAGCCCACAAGGAUCCCAAUGGCCAAUCCCACCUGGGCAUUUCUUCGACUAUGAACUGCAGACACACCUGAACGACUCGGGUACUUAUUUCUACCACUCCCAUGUCGGCAUGCAGGCGAUUACUGUCACCGGGCCACUAAUUGUCGAGGACUGUGGGAGGCCGCCUUACAAGUAUGACGAGGAGCGCACACUGCAUUGGAGUGACUACUUCCCCCAGAAGGAUGAAGAGUUCCAGGCUGGCUUGGAAGCAGUGCCAUUUGACUGGGGAGGCGAGACCCACGCCGUCUUACUUAAUGGCAAGGGUAUCGGUGUUGGUCAUGCCGCCUCUACAGGGACUUGUGGCGCACUGCCCGUUAUCGAAGUUGACCCUGGCAAAACUUACCGCUUUCGCUUCAUCGGAUCGACAGGGUUGUCACUUGUCAGCAUGUCAUUUGAAGGGCACGACAACCUCACCAUUAUCCAGGUCGACGGUAGCGAGUGGACACAACCGGUCUCAGUUAAUCGCAUACAGCUAGGAUCCGGCCAACGCUUCGAUGCACUCUUCGUAGCCAAGACAGCGGACGAGUUGCACGCCGAAGGAAAAACCACAUAUUUCCUCCAGUUUGAGACUCGCGACCGACCAGCAAUCUAUCGCGGCUAUGCAGUACUCCGCUAUUCAAAGCGGGCUCCAUUGCCUAGUCCUCCAGUGGAAGCAGUGCUUAGCCUUCCAAACGCCACCUAUGACUGGCUUGAGUACAAGCUGCAGCCCUUAUAUCCAGAGCAUAUAGGCCAUCCCACCCUCGCAGAGGUUACCCGCCGUGUGACUAUUGAUGCAGUCCAGAUGAUCAACCCCACCACCAAUCAGAUCAUAUGGCGGCUGGCGAAUCAGUCCUGGACAGAGCGUACAGUACAAAAGCCUUUGCUGGUGGAUAUCUACCAGCGCGGCGAGACUGCUGUCCCUGAUUACGACUCUGCGAUGGGUAACCAUGGCUGGGAUCCCAACACUCGAGCAUUUCCGGCAAAGGUGGGCGAGGUGCUUGAGAUUGUCUUUCAGAAUACCGGGUCGUUGGUGAACAGCGGAGGUGCCCUAGACGUGCAUCCGCUCCAUGCUCAUGGCCAACACUUCUACGAUAUUGGUAGCGGGAGUGGUUCUUACAACGCUGAGGCAAACGAAGAGAAACUUGUCCAUAUGGGAUACAAGGCUUUGAGAAGAGACACAACAAUGCUAUAUCGGUAUUCAACGGUCACAGACGCAGGAGCUGCAGCUGGUUGGCGGGCGUGGCGGAUCCGGGUGGACGAGCCGGGGGUGUGGUUGAUCCACUGCCAUACAUUGGAGCAUAUGAUCAUGGGUAUGCAGACAGCCUGGGUUGUUGGUACCGCAGCAGAUAUUCAGAAAAUUCCUCUCGAUCAUAGUCGAGGGUAUCUAGAUUAUGGGGGCGACGCCUAUGGCCCAUAG